CCCAUGACGCACUCUCUUGAACUGAGUUACAUUUUAACACGUGGCACUGACGUCAUUGCGCCUACAAAUUACUUGCGCAGAACACUCGACUUCCUCUUUCACCGCAAGCUCAACAUGGCGCCUAAAAGGCAAACCAUCGUAAAGAAGGACAAAAAGAGGGCUUCUUGGAAGUUCACUCUUGACCUCACCCACCCUGUUGAGGAUGGAAUCUUGGACUCUGGGAGCUUUGAGUCCUUUCUGAAGGAGAGGGUAAAGGUCAAUGGAAAAACAGGGAAUCUGGGCAAUAUUGUGCAGAUUGCUCGCUUGAAGAACAAAAUCACUGUCACUUCAGAAAAGCAGUUCUCCAAGAGGUACCUGAAAUACCUCACCAAGAAGUACCUGAAGAAGAAUAACCUGCGGGACUGGUUGAGAGUGGUAGCCUCAGACAAGGAGAGCUAUGAGCUGCGUUACUUCCAGAUUAGCCAGGAUGAUGAGGAAUCUGAGACUGACGAGUAAACCUCCAGCUCUGGAGGACUUCUAGGCAUGGACAAAAUGACGACAGUAUCCAGCCGCAAUGCCUGGAUGAGUAGCUUAACUGAAAAUAAAUGUAUUUUCCAAACCA